AUGACUUCCCAGUUGAUCGAGCCAGAUGAACAACUGCCCGUUCAUCUGGAUGCCGCCAAGAUUGACGAAGAAAUGGAAGCGCUCAGGGGAUAUGUCAUUGACCCCAGUCGCUAUCCUGAUAAUGCUUGCAAACUGAAAACAAGCGCCAAUGGUCGCUAUGUCCUCAUUCCACAGCCAUUGGACACGCCCAAUGACCCCUUGAACUGGAGUAAUGGCAGAAAGUGGUUGAUCGUGGCAAUCAUUGCCUAUAUCGCCCUCCUAGCGGACUACACGGGUGGAACGGCCAUCAUCACGGUCAUCCCUCAGUCAAUGCAAUGGGGGUUAUCCCAAGCAACAGUUCAAAAGGCUGUUGUAGGUAAUCUCUUUACGAUCGGUGCCUGUGGACUGUUUGUUGUCCCAUUAGCCGGAUACUUUGGUCGCUGGCCAGUCACUCUUGUCUUCCAAUGCGCUAUGCUAGGAACGUGCAUUUGGUCAGCGGCAGCUACAAGCUUUCGCUCGUAUCUAGCAGCACGCAUCAUCAAUGGCUUCUUCUGCAGUGUCGGCCAAGGUGGAGCCCUAAUGUGGAUCAAAGACCUAUUUUUCUUUCAUCAACAUCCUCAGGUAAUCAACUAUAUCGAGUCCUCUAUCAUCCUCAGUCCCUAUUUGGGUCCAUUGAUCACCUCGUUCAUCGUGUCCGAUAUGAACUGGCGAUGGGCAUUCUGGGUAUGCACGAUGCUUGCUGCGAUUGGGUUAAUUCUAGUCUUCUUCUUGGAUGAAACUUUGCUCGACCGAAGAAAUCCACCUUCGUCUCGUGGAUCAUAUAUCGCGCGGCUGAUCGGAAUCCGACAGGCCCAAACUCCAUCGAAGGACUUUGUUCAGUGUAUGGCACGCCCGGUUGUCGCUAUCACCAAGAUUCCUGUCCUGACUAUUCUCAUCUACUACUUUUUGAAUUUUGCCUGGGUCAUUGGAGUGAACACUACCAUUGGCAUCUGGCUGACCAACAUUUACCAGUUCUCGACAAGAGGAAUCGGCUAUUUCUAUAUUUUUGGUAUCGUUGGCUGCUUGCUCGGCUGGUUCGCAGGCCACUUUCUGCAUGACGCAAUCGGACGAUACUAUAUAAAGCGUCACUCCGGCCGCCUUGACCCUGAAGCCCGACUGAUCAUAACGUAUCCAGCGACCCUAAUAUGCUGCCUCAGUCUGAUUGUCCUGGGCCUCGCCUUCGAGAGGCACUGGCACUACAUGGUGAUUGCAGUAUUCGCUGCGGCACAAUGUGUCGGGGCUAUGAUCAUCACGACCGCCAUUAAUGCUUACCUAUUGGACUGCUAUCCUGAAGGGGCAGGCGAGGUUGGCGCGUGGGUUACGGCCAGUCGCAAUUGGGCCGGUUUCAUGGCGACGUAUAUCCAAAUCGAUUGGGUGAUGCGCAUCGGGCCUGCCAAGGCACUUGGUAUCCAGGCUGCGAUCACAUUGGCGUCGUUGUUUUUCAUGGUGUUUUUGCAGAUGUAUGGAAAGCGGAUGAGACAGUGGCAGGGACGGAUGGUAUUUGGCAAGAAAUGA